CCACAGAGCCGGCCCAUGUUCCGCCGCUGGCUCCUCCCCGCCUCGCCGGGCCGCUACGGGCGGGGGAGCUGCCGCCGCCUGCUCGCAGCAGCAGCAGCCUGGGGGGCGCGGCGGCUGAGCGGCGGCGGGGGGCCCUGCUGCGCCGCGCCCGGGCUUGGGCAGCGCGGGCCGCGGCUGGGGGCCGCAGCUCCCCGCGGGCAGCCGUGGCGCUGGGCAAAUGAACUGGGUCGACACUCAGCGACAGAGGCCUCUCAAGCCACCUUAGCCAGCGUAGUCCCUGUGUUUGCAGUGAUGAAAUUUGACAAGGAAGGAAAUAUUACCUCUUUUGAAAGAAAGAAAACAGAAUUGUACCAGGAACUGGGUCUUCAAGCUCGAGAUCUAAGAUUUCAGCAUCUAAUGAGCAUUGCAACUAGAAACAACAGGAUUAUCAUUAGAAUGGAGUUUUUGAAGGCUGUGGUAACACCAGAGUUUCUUCUGAUACUAGAUUAUCGCAGUUUAAAUAUGGAGCACUGGCUGUUCCAAGAACUUGCGUCUCAGCUGUCUGGAGACGGGCAGCUAGUUACAUAUUCCUUGCCCUUUGAAUUUAGAGCCAUAGAAGCAAUACUGCAAUAUUGGAUCAGCAAUCUGCAAGGGAGACUUAACGUUUUGCAACCUCAGAUCGUUGAGACGCUGGAAGCUCUAGUGGAUCCCAAGCUACUGUCUGUGGAUAGAAGUAAACUACACAUUUUGCUACAAAAUGGCAAGAGUUUGUCAGAAUUAGAAACAGAUCUUAAAGUUUUCAAAGAAACAAUCCUAAAAAUCUUAGAUGAAGAGGAAUUAAUAGAAGAGCUCUGUCUAACAAAAUGGACAGAUCCACAAGUAUUUGAGGAGAGCAUGUCUGGAAUUGACCAUGCAGAGGAAAUGGAGCUGCUGCUGGAGAAUUAUUACAGACAAGCCGAAGAUCUCGCUAAUGAAGCACGUGAACUCAGAGUAUUGAUUGAUGAUUCCGAAAGUAUCAUCUUCAUCAACCUGGACAGCCACCGUAAUGUGAUGAUGAGACUGAACUUACAGCUGACCAUGGGGACUUUUUCUCUUUCUCUUUUUGGACUGAUUGGAGUAGCCUUUGGUAUGAACUUGGAAUCCUCCUUUGAAGAGGACCACAGAGCAUUUUGGCUGGUGACCGGGAUUAUGUUUUUGGGAAGCGGCCUUAUCUGGCGGCGUUUGCUUUCAUUCCUUGGACGGCAUCUAGAACCUUCACUACCUCCCCAAGUGCCCACAUUGCUGAAAAAAACUCAUCCAACAGCUGGAAGGACUGAAGUAAAAAAUGACCUUAAAACAGAAGCCUUUAUGUCAAGCAGAAGCACGCUGACAAAUCGAUAGAACCGGAGAAAGCAACUGGCUUUUUUUGUUACAUGGAGAACUGUACACACACUUGCACAACUGUUUUCCCUAUAGUAAAAAUUAAGAAUUUUUAAACUCAUAGAAUGUCAAUCUAUAUCUUAUGCACAAAAAUGUUUUUAAAGUUGAUUUUUUAAUGGCACAAAAGUCAGUAAAUGCAGAGAGAAGAUUCCCAUAGGAUCCUUAAUUUUUUUCCUCAUGUGUUACACUAGAGGAUUUCGCUAGACUACAGCAUGAUGCACAGUUUGCAAUUUGAGGCUCUCACGGUUUGAGGUCUUCCAUCCAAGGACUGCUCAGGCCCAGCUUUCAUUAGUUAGGUGUUGACAAGAUUUCAGCCUAGGGCAGUAGAGCUAAAGAUAGAGACUAACAUUAAAAACAAAAACUGCUAUACCUCAAUAGGAACUGGUUUGAUUUUUUGAAAAUCAGGCUACUCAUUCAGGAGCUGAUAGCUGGAGUUAAGAGCCAAACUUUAGGGUUGUUGUUUUUUUCCUUUAGUUUUAGUUUUUCAAGGUUGCAUUCACUCUCUAGAGAAUAGGAUACCAGAAGCUGGAAUCAAACUCACAUUUCUUGCAGAGCACUAGACCGGCACAGCCAGACCAACAAAUACAGAAAACUGCUUUGUUUCUGUUACAUGAAAAAUAAACAAGUUUUUGAAUGUCCAGUG